UCGCGCCACAGACAGCUGGACGCAGCUGGGCGCUUCUUGUCCGCCCUCCGCCGAGUCUGGUCCAAGCAGCUCUCUCUGCCCGCUCACACUGGAUGCGAUGCGCACUCGACUAACCUGAGCAUUUUUUUUCGUCUGACUAAAAGUCCCUCAUCCUCUUUCACCAUUACGCCCCACAGAGGCUCCGCGGGUUUUCUGUCGUCCUUCGGUCUCCGCACCGCGCGGAGGAAGUGGUCGGUGGUGGUUGUGGUCACCGCUGUCGUGAUGGUUCUGCUGGCUUUGGCAGUCGCGGUGCCGCUUCUCCUCCUGCGCCCCUCUGAGACCUCCGCUCACUACUAUGAGAUGAUGGGCACCUGUCGGAUGGUGUGCGACCCGUACACUGCCAAACCGGGAGGAAACGCCGCGGGGGAGGAGACUCAGACCGUUAACGGCAUCGCACCGCUCCCACCCAUGGCACAAGGAAGCCGCGGGGAACCAGGGCGGCCGGGUAAACCAGGAGCGAGGGGCCCACCGGGUGAGCCAGGACCCCCGGGUCCGAGGGGGCCACCGGGGGAGCGCGGUGGCAGCAAACUCGCCUUCCCGGCUUUAACCACAGCAGCCGGGGGAGAGCACGGGGAAACGGACGCUGCGAACUCAACGACCGGUGGUACCAGAGUCGCUUUUUACGUCGGCUUGAAGAACCCACACGAGGGAUACGAGGUGUUAAAGUUUGACGACGUCAUUACAAACUUGGGGAACCUCUACGAUCCGAGCACCGGGAAGUUCACCUGUCAUGUGUCCGGGAUCUACUUCUUCACUUACCAUGUGCUGAUGCGGGGAGGAGACGGGACCAGCAUGUGGGCUGACCUGUGCAAAAAUGGGCAGGUCCGAGCCAGUGCCAUAGCUCAGGAUGCUGACCAGAACUACGACUACGCCAGCAACAGUGCCGUGCUGCACUUGGACUCAGGCGACGAGGUGUACGUGAAACUGGACGGCGGCAAAGCUCACGGAGGCAAUAAUAACAAGUACAGCACCUUCUCUGGCUUCAUCCUAUACCCUGACUAGGCCACUGCAAGUCGUCACUACAACUAUUAACUAUUUCCAUGGGAGUGUUUUGGUUCUAAUGUGUUUUUGUCUCUCAAGUCCAAAGAUGGACAGGUUCCUCACAACCGAGGUGAAUGUGAUAUUCUUCUUAAAGGCUGUGAUGGAUUAACGGUGCGUGAUAUUCCGUACAUGAGUCAGAUAAGCUUGUGAAAUCUUGCUGUUAAGACCUGGCCAUACCCAGCAGCGUUUCAAACACAGAAUGCAUCAAGUGUUUAUAUUCUGUUCAGACUUGAUGAGCCAUCUUGAUCUAAAUUAGUCUGUUUCGGUGCAGCACACACCAACUGGAGGAACUCACCAAUCUGCUGUUGAAAUGAAUUUAAACAAUUUGUGGCUCGUGUUAGGCACAAUUAUGUGUCAUCUUGCACAAUAUUUUUCCUCUGAUUAGAAUGUGCCUCGCGAUUGGCUGGCGGCCGGUCCAGGGUGUACCCUGCCUGUGGCCUAAAGUCAGCUGGGAUAGGCUCCAGCAUACCCCCACGGCCCUAGCGAGGACAAGCGGCAUAGAAAAUGAAUGAAUGAAUGAAUGAAUAAAAUGUCCACGGUGCUUUUAUUAGAUCAUUUCUUCCAAAAGUGCGUGCAGCAUCAGUUUCCAAAUUGGGAUUAACACCUAAAACAAGCACACACGUCCAACCUCCUCUCAUCAUCCACUUUGCCAGAGGGAGCUGGACCCAUCUGAUCGCACAGAACAGGCUCAGCAAAGGACAAGAGUGGGGGGAGGAUCCCAAUCUAGAGGCCAAAAUGUCUCAAUAAAUUAUUUUUUGUGUUCAUGUUUCUUUUUCUUUCUUUCUUUUCCUGUUGGUGAGCAAAAUGGUGUUUCUGUGUUUGACAAAUGAACUAAUAAAGGGUGCAGUCAUUUAUAUUUAGUUUUCAUACAUGUCAAUAAAUAUUGUUUAACAACAACGUGUCGGCUUUCAAGGCAUCCUACACCGUUUUGAUUGCUGCUGGUUAGGUCGUCACUAGAGAAUGUCUGCCCGCCCCAGAGAGCAAAUUAGAGUCCUGUUCUGUAGUCAAAGUGUUAGGCCACUAUCGGCAUCGAAGCAAUACUUUCCUGGCUGCAUAGAACUAGAAUGUAUCAGACUACUUUGUGGUUCAUGGAGGAUGACGGUGUCAUUGAUGUCAUCGAAAAUAAAUUCCUGUAUGUGAAAUUUUAACCAGAUUCUCACCAAAUUUCAGUGGAGACCUGCUUGCCUGUGCAAAAACCGCCUACAAAGUUUCGUGGAAAUUGGUUUUAUAUUUUUCCCACAAUCCUGCUCGUUGUAUUUGUUGUGCUAUUUAAUCUUUUGCGAUGUCAAAAUAGCCGCCGUGGAAAAAGUGGUGGCCUAAGACUUUUGCACAUCCUUUGCUUGCUCGCAGGAUUAUACAAAAAUGCGUGGAGGGGUGGGGCUCGGCCCUAUAGGAAUGAAAACGAAAUGACGGGAAGGUCCACAGAAGAUGCUCUUGCUGUUCCUUUUCAUCUCUCAACAGAGCUCUGCGUUAGCGGUUGUUUGUUUGCGUCGCAGCGUAGCCUCAAGACUUUAGGGAGAAAAAGCACAGCAAGUCCAGCAGCACAGCUCACAUGGUCCAAGUUGCCCGACUGUCCUUUGCUCCACAAUGGCUCGUGGGUGUUUUGAGUCAGCCAGCCUGUAUUUGUUCUAAAAGGUUAUACCGAGGACAAAACAAACAUUUUGCACUUUAACUUCCACAUACUAUUCUUUUGUAUUGUU